CCGCACUUCGGCCUGGACGAGCUUCUGAUCCUGGCAACACCAGAGCGAUAUAUCCGAGAUGAGAGAGCGGCUUGAUGCUUGACAGAAUUCAUGGCUCGGAAGAAACGAGAUUAUGUUCCAAAAGUCAAGGGAUGUUACGAGUGCUCUCAACGUCGAAUUGAUUGCGAUGGCACGCGGCCGAGCUGCGCAAAGUGUAAAAACCGCGGGAUCACAUGCAGCGGCUUCGUUUUGAAGUAUAAGUUCUUGGACGGCUUUUCAUCACGACAAAGGUCUACUUCUGGUGGUCGAGGUGCGCUGCUGAGGGACGCCCUUGCUCAGACAUCAGCGCAUGGUUCCGCGAGGGUCACGUCAAAGGUGCUUGAACCGUUUCGGGACUCACCAGCUUGGGACGACGUGUACUGGAACAGCUCGGCUCGCACAUACAGUGAUGGUGGCGAAUGGUCUAGUCAGGGAGGUGGUUCAGAAAGAGACCUAGGUUGUAAUGUCUCCACCAGUAAAGAUCAUGCCGACGAUAAAGAGGAACUAUCUUCGGGUGUAAUCGACGACUUGUGCAUCAUAUCGCAAACUUCCCGACCAGAUACCGACAGCGUCUCCGCAGAGCCACUAUCGCCAGUGAAUCUCAGCGUGCUGGAGCCGUGGAAGGAGUUUCUACUCACUCAUUUUUCGGAAGCUAUUGCCCCCGAGAUGGUAGUAGUGGAUGACAUCAACAACGGCUGGCGACGUUUGAUCCUACCAAUAGCAUGGUCAAAUGCAAUGGUAAUGGACGCCAUUCUUGCCGUGUCAGCAUUCCAUCUUUCAGGGAGGGCGAUUUUGCAACCCGUAGUCAAUGCGGACAGGCUUUAUGCCUUAGCAAUCAACCAGCUGCUGAACCGCAAGGACCUGGCAGAUCGAAGCGAUGAGCCCAAGCAGCUCGUGGUUCUGGCCAUUGUUGUGCUUCUGGUUUCUGUCAUGGUCAAUGGUAUGCCAGACUUUCCUAUCGUCUUCCAGAUGCUGGAAGCCGCCGUAACGGCUAUUGGAGGUGAUGCGGCCCUUGAAGACGGAAGAGAGAUGGGCAGCUUUCUUUUGAGGCAGAUUCGCAAGAUGCGAGUCUACGCUGCACCUCUGGUCAGUCAGGAUGCCGGAAAGAACGCAAUUUUGUACCAUUCCCGGGAGAGUUUCGACUGUCUCUACUACUACCACAACUUGUAUCCCGAUCAUUGUCCAACGUUUGACCUUAUCGCCGAUAUCCGCCAGCAGGCCUUCAACAUAUACCUCUGUCGAGUGUUGACAAACGACAAUGAAACUCCUUUACUGCCCUCAUGUGUCGAUGCUAUCGAGACGUUCCAACGGAGCCUGGAGGCUUUCCCAGAAGGUGCACUAGGGGAACACAUACUUGUCUGGCCUACGUUCAUUGCUGCGCUCGAAUGUCAUACCUCCGAGCAGCGGCUAUUCUUUGAAGAAUUUCUACUCAGACAGUAUCACCGUAACAAUUUCUUGAAUAUUCCGAAGGCUUUGGUGUUUUUGAGAAAUAUCUGGUCGCAGGACGAGGGCCAGUUAUGUUGGCCUGCACUUAUCCCGCAACUUCGGGUUUUCAUCAUGUAGAAUGUAAAUGUAGCAUGAGUCAAUAUUGAGGUUUUACUUUUAUCUUUCGUGAAGACCCCGUCCUUCAGUACACACACCAGAGCAUGUAACCUACCUAUAGAAUCCACCAAAUGCUGGUAGACGCCUUUGGAGACCUCAGACACAGCCCAACCACGGCCAUUCGAGCAUGUGAUGAGUCCAUUCCGAGUCAUGAAUGUUGGCUGUGCCGCUUUGUAUCUGCAAGCAGCCCCAAC